CAACUCAACUCACAAAAUCAGUAAAUUUGCAUCAUUAUAGAUAGCAUUACGAAUUGGCAAUUAGCAAUUAGCAAAACAUGGCAGCCACCACCACCACCACCACCACCACCACCGCCACCAAGGUACUUCUAACCGACCUUGCUUCAAGUGUGAACCAUGUUCCCUCAAACUACAUUCGACCCAUUUCCGACCGACCAAACCUCUCUGAUGUUCAAUCCUCAGAUGCCUCCAUUCCUCUUAUUGAUCUCCAAGGCUUACACGGCCCCAACCACUCCAACAUUAUCAAACAGAUUGCCCAAGCUUGCCAACAAGAAGGUUUCUUUCAGAUUAAAAACCAUGGAAUACCAGAGACACUGAUUAGUACAAUUAUGAACAUAGCAAGAGAAUUUUUCCGAUUGCCAGAGAGUGAGAGAAUGAAGAGUUACUCAGAUGACCCAACAAAAACCACCAGGCUUUCUACUAGUUUCAAUGUAAAGACUGAGAAGGUAUCAAACUGGAGGGAUUUUUUAAGACUCCAUUGUUACCCUCUUGAGGACUACGUGAACGAAUGGCCUUCGAAUCCUCCUUCCUUUAGGGAGGAUGUGGCUGAGUAUUGCACCAGUGUUAGAGGAUUAGUGCUAAGGUUGCUGGAGGCCAUAUCAGAGAGCCUGGGCCUAGAAAGAGACUGCAUUGAAAAGGCUUUAGGCAAGCAAGGUCAACAUAUGGCAUUGAAUUAUUAUCCACCUUGUCCACAGCCAGAGCUUACUUAUGGGUUGCCUGGUCAUACUGAUCCUAACUUAAUCACAAUUCUUCUUCAAGAUGAUGUGCCUGGAUUGCAGGUCUUAAGAAAUGGCAAAUGGAUUGCUGUCAAUCCUAUUCCCAAUACCUUCAUUGUCAACAUUGGUGACCAAAUGCAGGUACUUAGCAAUGAUCAAUACAAAAGUGUGCUUCAUCGAGCUGUUGUGAAUUGCAACAAAGAGCGAAUAUCAAUCCCAACAUUCUACUGUCCAUCAAAUGAUGCUCUAAUAGGACCUGCUAAGGAUCUUAUUGAUGAUGAUCAUCCUGCAAUCUAUAGAAAUUUUACAUAUGCAGAAUACUUUGAGAGAUUCUGGAACAGAGGACUUGCAACUGAAUGUUGUUUAGACAUGUUCAAAACAUCUAGUGCUUAACCUAUAGUGCCGGUUUGGAUAGAGAUUAUUGUGCGUCUACGUUUUCUAUUUCACGUUUCCAUCCUCAGUAAAAUCAUAUGGAUUUACUGUGCAGGAGACAAUUAUUAUUGUUCACGCACUGUAGCAGCACUGUAGUAGCACUGUUCAUGCAUUUAAAAAUAUUAAAAAUGGGUCCCACGGUACUAUUCACACAUUUAAAAAUUAUUUUGCUACAGUGUUUUCAGUUUCAGCAAAAAUAAGUUGUAUUCAAACGGACCCAUAAUGGGUCCGUUUGGAUUGAGCUUAUUGUUACUGAAACUGAAAAUACUGUAAGAAAAUAAUUUUUAAAUGUGUGAAUAGUAUCAUGAGACCCAUUUUUAAUACGUGAACAGUACAUGAACAGUACGUUACUUUUCACGUGCAGAAAAAAAAAAAAAAAAAAAAAAAAAAAAAAAAAAAAAAAAAAAAAACUUGGAACUGAAAACACAAGAAUAAGCACAAUCCAAACGCUCACAAUGUACAAUUCCUAGAACAUGCUUGUCUUUGUUGGAAUGUUGAUUUAAUUACUUAAAUUUAUCAUUUCUUAUUAGUUUCAAAAUUUUAAAAUAUGUAGUAUUUAUCAUGUCAUUGGCCUGAUCUUUUGAUUAUUAGAUAAAGUUGUAACGGCUCUCAAAAAUGAAUAAAUUCCUUCUAUCUUUCGUCUA